AUGAAAGCUAUUGAUUCUGAUAUCCACCUCAAGUCACAAGGCGAGGAAGUAGUGCUGGAGGUGUUGAAGGACAGGAAGCAAGUCGGGCCCGUGAACAGCUCGCUCGGCGCUAAACCGCAACGGGACACAUCGAAAAGUCCAAAGGAGCCGCUUCGCGUCAGGUCCUCUGCAUCCAUCUACCUCCACCCAUCCCAAUUAAUCAUGCUCUGCGCAAUCUCCGGAGAGGCCCCUCAAGUGCCGGUCGUCUCUUCCAAGAGCGGCAGUGUCUUUGAAAAGCGCCUAAUCGAGGCUUACAUUGCCGAGAAUGGCAAGGAUCCUGUGAACGGCGAAGACCUUACCACCGACGAUCUGAUCGAUGUUAAGUCGCAGCGCGUUGUUCGACCCCGACCUCCCACCCUCACCUCCAUUCCCUCUCUACUCAGUGUAUUCCAGGAAGAGUGGGAUGCGCUGGCUUUGGAGACAUAUACCCUACAGCAGAACCUGGCACAGACGCGGCGCGAGCUGAGCGCUGCGCUCUAUCAGCAUGAUGCCGCCGUACGAGUUAUCGCUCGUCUGACGAAGGAGAGAGAUGAGGCCCGUGAUGCGCUUUCUAAGGUGACCGUUGGCGCUACUCGUGCUGGAGCUGGCGGGGAAGCUAUGCAGGUAGAUUCUGCGGCCUUGCCCCAGGCCGUGGUGGAGAUCAUUGAGAACACACAAGCAGGCCUCUCAAAGACCCGCCGCAAGCGUCCCAUUCCCGAAGGUUGGGCUACCACCGACUCUAUUUCCACAUACAAGGCGGCCGAGAGCUCAGAGUCUCUCUAUCCUGGAAGCCGCGCCCUCGCAGUCAACUCGACUGGUGAGCUGGCACUUGUUGGUGGUCUUGAUGGCGUUGUGGGCGUCUACUCUCUUCCCCAGAAGGCGGUCUUGCAGACCUUGAAGACAGAUGGCCCAGUGACUGAUGCUGCUUGGGCUGGUGAUAAGGCUGUUGUUGGGUCAGCUACUGGCUCUGUCAAGGUCUUUGAAAAUGGUAGCGAAGUAGCGAGCUUUAGUGCUCACGGUGGUGAGGUAACUGCCGUUGCAGUCCAUCCCAGUGGUAACAUUGUCGCUUCUGUUGGCGUGGACAAGAGCUAUGUCCUCUAUGACUUGACCUCUAAUACUGCGGUCACUCAGAUCUGGAGCGAUGCUGCUCUCUUGUCUGUUAAGUUCCAUCCCGAUGGGCAUAUCCUGGCCGCUGGUAAUGCCAGUGGGCAAGUCAAGGUCUUUGAUGUCCGUACUGGCAGCGAGGCUGCUGAUUUUGCCAUGUCUGGCCCAGUGAAAUGUCUCUUUUUCUCUGAAAAUGGUACAUCCUUGGCAGCAGUGGCUGCGCAAUCCACCACCGUCUCAAUUUGGGACCUCCGGAGUUUCAAGGAAAUCAAGGUGCUGGACACCGGCAGCCAGGUCAACUCGAUGUACUGGGAUUACACUGGUCAAUUCCUCGUGACUGGUGGCCCCAGUGGAGUGACUGUCCAGCAGUGCAAUAAGUCGGCCAAGGAAUGGUCGGAGCCUCUGCGCAGUGCUGUCCCAGCUGUGUCUGUGGCAUGGGGAUCUGCUGCUCGUAGCAUUGUCGCCCUUAACGAGGCUGGUGCAAUCACUGUUUUGGCAGCAUAG